GGGGACUGAGAAACAGCGCGAGCAGAGAGAGAAAGGGACAGAGAGAGUGAGAGCAGAAGAAAACAGAGCGAUAGAAAGAGAUGGAUAGAUUGUAGCGUUUUCCUCCAUUUUUACAGUGUUUAGACAUCUGUUGUCUUCGUGUGUCCGUGCUGGAUUUGACUGACAGACGCUCAGUCUUUGCUGUUUUGUCUUUGAUUUCUUGGAUGCUGAAGGAUUGAUGGGGAUGGAGAUACAAUGCAGUCACCCAGCACUACUGUACACCUGGACACAGGAACUGCACUGACAGAGGUCUGCUAAGUGGUCACGACUGAGUGGGCGGGCAAACGGAAGAUAAGUGUCCACAUCAUUGAACGUACUCUGUGCAUCAGUCAGGGGAACCAUCUAACCAAUCAGGAGUGGUGAGGGGCAAGGCCAGCCAAUCGGAGGGGGAGAGAUGUUGGGGCAGGGUAGGCAUGUGGCCCUGGCUCUCAUGUCGUCACUGCUGCUGCUGUGGCGCGACGCAGCACCCAUCGAAGUUCCGCAAGACCCCAAGAUCCUGCAAGACCUGAAGCAGCCCCCCACUAUAGUCAAACAGUCAGUGAAAGACUACAUUGUGGACCCCAGAGAUAACAUCAUCAUCGAGUGUGAGGCCAAAGGCAACCCAAUGCCAACGUUCUCAUGGCGAAGGAACGGGAAGUUUUUCAACACAGGGAAAGAUCCCAGGGUGACGAUGCGAAAACGCUCGGGAACUCUGGAGAUCGGUUUCCGAAACGGAGGACGACCAGAGGACUACGAAGGAGAAUAUCAGUGUUUUGCCAGCAAUGAACUUGGAGUUGCUCUGUCCAACAAAAUCCUGCUCCGGGUCUCCAAGGCUCCUCUGUGGCCUAAAGAGGUACUGGAGCCAAAAGUGGUGACCGAAGGCUCCCCGCUGGUUCUGCACUGCAACCCCCCACCAGGCCUGCCUCCUCCGUUCAUCUUCUGGAUGAACAGUGUUAUGAUUCCCAUCCCCCAGGAUGAGAGAGUGUCCAUGGGUCUUAACGGAGACCUGUACUUCUCCAACGUUUUGGCCAAAGAUGCUCAUAAUGACUACAGCUGCAACGCUCGCUUCCCUUUCACACACACCAUCCAGCAGAAGAACCCCUUCACACUCAAAGUUCUGACCAAGGAGCAGUAUAACAAUACAUCUUACAAUUCCACUGACCCCAACGGUGGCCGCAAAGUAGCCGAGUCCACCCCAACCUUCCUUUCACCUUCAGGGAGCGAGAGCUCCAAAAUGGUGCUACGAGACGAGCGACUGCUGCUGGAGUGUAUUGCUGCUGGACUUCCAACUCCCUCCAUUAAGUGGUUUAAGAAGGGCGGUGACCUUCCAAGACAGAAAGUGAAGUUUGAGAACUACAACAAGACCUUGAAGAUCAUCAGUGUGUCAGAAGAGGAUGCUGGGGAGUAUGUAUGCAUGGCCAACAAUCAGUUAGGCAGUAUACGCCACUCCAUCUUUGUUCAGGUCAAAGCGGCUCCUUAUUGGCUGGACAAACCUACAAAUCUUGUGCUCGCUCCAGAUGAGAACGGCCGUCUGGUUUGUCGGGCCAAUGGCAACCCCAAACCUAACAUCCAAUGGCUGAUCAAUGGACAACCUAUAGAAAGUUCUCCCCCCAACCCAAGCAGACAGGUGCUGGAUGACACCAUUAUCUUUCGCUCAGUGCAGAUGGGAAGCAGUGCUGUCUACCAGUGCAACGCCUCCAAUCAGCAUGGCUACCUGCUGGCCAAUGCCUUCGUCAGUGUCCUCGAUAUGCCGCCGAGGAUGCUGGGUCCCAAAGAUCAGCUCAUUAAAGUCAUUGAGAACAAUCGCACUUUCCUGGACUGUCCCUUCUUUGGUUCUCCUCUUCCAGAGCUACGCUGGUUUAAGAAUGGACAGGGCAGUGGACUUGAUGGCGGUCAGUACCGUGUUUACAUCAACGGGACCCUAGAGAUCAAACGGGCCAAAGCAGAGGACGAGGGCACCUACACCUGCGUGGCCAACAGCAUCCUGGGCACCGCCAACAUCCAGGUCCGCCUGGAGGUCAAAGAACCAACUCGUAUUGUUCGAGCCCCAGAGCACCAGUCACCUACCAGGGGUUCCGCUGCUCGCUUUGACUGCAAGGUGAAGUCUGAUCCCAGCCUGCCCAUCACUGUGGCCUGGACCAAGGAUGACAAGCCUCUCUACAUCGGAUCGAGGAUGAAGAAAGAUGAGGAGUCACUCACCAUCUCCAAUGUGAAUGAAGGCGAUGAGGGAACAUACACCUGCACUGUUGAGUCUGAGAUAGACCAGGAUUCAGCCUCAGCCCGCCUCACUGUGUUAGAGGAAGCCUCCCUCAACCCCUCAGUCUCUAGUGCCUUGCCUCCAGACCGUCCAGACCGUCCCAUUGAUCUGGAUCUGUCGGACCCAGCCGCCCGCAGCGUUCGCCUCACCUGGAUCCCUGGAAAGGACAACAGGAGCCCAAUCACACAGUUCCUGGUCCAGUUUGAGGAGGACCGCUGGGAGCCGGGUAGGUGGCAGAACCUGUCCACUUACCCUGGAGACCUCAACUCAGUCAUCCUGCAGCUCGCACCCUUCGUCAACUACCAGUUCAGGGUGAUUGCCAUCAACUCAGUGGGCCAGAGUCAGCCCAGCCACCCCUCACGGCGAUACAAGACCAGUGGAGCUGCCCCAGAUGCCAUUCCUAGAGGCCUUCGGGGGUGGGGUUCCAGGAAGGACAAUAUGGAGAUCACUUGGGAGCCAUUGCUUGAUCUGGAGAGAAAUGGGCCAAACCUUCACUACAAUGUGUGGUGGAGACGGAAGGAUUCCGGAGGAGAGGAGUGGAACAACAUAACCACAGCAGGGUCCAAACAUGUUGUCCACAACACAGAUACCUACGUGCCUUAUGAGAUCAGAAUCCAGGCAAGAAAUGAGUUUGGAUCAGGACCUGAAUCCAACGUGGUCAUUGGAUACUCAGGAGAGGACAAGCCCUCUGAUGCUCCCACUGACCUGCGAGUGUCCAAGGUGGACAGCACCAAGGCAAACAUCCACUGGAAACCUGUGGACCUGAACUCUGUCCAGGGAGAGUUCAAGGAGUACAGGCUGCACUACUGGCGUGAGUCCAGUCUGGUUGCAGGUUUGGUGGUCAGUAAGGAGAAUAAGACUAAAGGGUUCUACAGCCAUGUGGCUGAGCCGUCCGGCAUCCUCAGUGACCUGGUGCCGUACUCUAAAUACAAGAUGUUCAUGGUGGUGGCCAAUAACCGCUAUGAGGGUCCACCCAGCAACAUGGUGGAGUUCACCACCAAGGAAGGAGUACCUGAUGCUCCAAGGUUCUUCAGGAUAAAUCGUAGAAGUUUUGACACCCUCCACCUGGAAUGGGACAAACCUCUGGAGCCCAAUGGCAUUCUGAUUGGAUAUCAGUUAAAGUACCAAACAGUCAAUGGCUCCAGGGUGGGUCGUCCCCAGUUGGAGACUUUCCUUCCCAAUGUGACCGAGUUCACCCUUCGCCUGCCGGACCGAUCGAACCGCUACAAGUUCUACCUAUCAGCACUCACCCAGGUGGGGAAAGGGGAAGUCUUUGCUGAGGAGUCCCCACACUUUGCUAAUGAAGAAAACUUUACUGAUGCUACAGGUCUAGUUGAGCUCACAGACGCCUCUGUGGCUUCAGCUUUCACUCCUACUCCUCCUCCGCUCACUCCUCUUACUCCUCCUACCAUCGCUCCUACAACCAUUAGUACUUCAACUCCUACAACUACGACUUCUACCACUACUCCCUCUACUACCACCACUACAACUGAGGCGACUACGACCACCACACCUCCUGUGCUGGUCACCACCAAGCGUAUUGAUCAGAAUGUGUUGGUGGCCCCUGGGCUGGAGAUCUGGAAUCUGACGGUGGAGCCUAACAGUAACUACGCUAACGUCAGCUGGAGACACAACUUCCCGGCCGGCAGCAGCGAGUUUGUGCUAGAGUUCACACUGGACAGUGACAAGACGAUGAAAGUUGUACGAGUGAAACAACAGCCCCCCAUUACUGUGGCGGAUCUGAUCGCAGGCGCCACGUACCAUGUGAGGGUUUACUCCCAUGAGCUCAACAGCAUCAGCAGCAAACCUUUCACCUUUAAGACCAAACCAGGUGAGACACCAAGUGGCCAGGUGGAACCGGGGUUCCAGCCAGCCUACAUCGACCAGGUAGACAUAGCCACUCAAGGCUGGUUCAUCGGCUUGAUGUGUGCCAUCGCCCUCAUCAUACUGAUCCUCCUCAUCGUCUGCUUCAUCAAGAGGAGUCGUGGGGGCAAAUAUCCAGUCCGUGACAAAAAAGAUCUCCCCUUGGACCCAGUAGAUCAGAAAGACCAGGACGGAUCGUUUGAUUACCACAGUGAUGAGGACAACAAGCCUCUGCAGGGCAGCCAGACAUCGCUGGACGGCAACGUGAAGGAAAGCGAUGACAGUCUGGUGGACUAUGGCGAAGGCGGAGACGGCCAGUUCAAUGAGGACGGCUCUUUCAUUGGCCAGUACACGGUGAAGAAGGACAAGGACGAGACGGAGGGAAACGAGAGCUCUGAGGCCACCUCGCCUGUCAACGCCAUCUACUCCCUAGCAUAGCACUGUAGCAGCACACGGGGGACUUGGUGGCACAGUAAACCACGACACCAUACACCAGACACCAACACACACAUGAAUAUAUUAAUGUAUGAAACACAUUAAACACAGAACAAAUGCAGCAGGGCCUGUCUGGAAACUGUAGGAUUUCUGCUACAGGUAUAGUAAGAGGGGAACACAGGAGUGGAAUUAGACCACAAGCCUUUACUUUCUGUUUCCAGCUGGAAGAAACUGACCCCUGGAGGUGAUGUUUGGACUAAAUGGACAGUGCUUGUUUUACUCUGCGCUCUGCCUGCCCUUUACUCACACAGACUCGAAGUGUGCCUUCGGGCAGCUCUCAGCACUUGAAGGCUUCAACAAGCGUUCUUUAAACAUUUUUCUUUGGUUCGUUUCUGGUCAGAACUUCUUCAGUGUCAUGCUGUCCUUCCUCAUACCUCUGUGUAGCAUCCCACUAACGUACACACAUGAGGUCCCUUACACACACACUUGCCCAAUCCUGUAACAUAUCAGCUUCUAACCACCACAGUUAACAGGAUUCCAGCAGAUAUGUUUAUCAUAUUGAUAUUUACGCAAAGAAAGAUUUCAGUUUUUCCACAGCUGGUAGACGAGUCAUUGAGUCUUAAUAAGUGCUGUAUACAGUCAUGGCACACAUUUUAGUGCCCUGCAAAACUAUGCACUAUCACCUCCUCCACACCAUUUUGGGUUAAAUCUGGUUAGUAAACACUAAGUACACUUUUUUUUUUUUUUUGAACCACUUGCAGGCUCAAUCAUGUGCUUUUAUUCACUUUGCCUUGUAUGAAGUGGUAGACAUGUUUUUCUUACCUCUAAUGCAGUGUUGUAGUGCAGAUGUUCAAAAUGGCCGCCACAAGAAAAAAAUAUUUCUGCCACAAGCAGUAAGUUCUGCUACUGUACGUUGUUAAUGAAUCCCAUUUCUAAAAAAUGAUUAAUAUUAUUUACCACAGCAUGGUAGUAACUUAGAGAAACAACAGAAAUGGGAGCAGAGAGGACAGAAAGGAAAGCUAGUUUGAAUGAAUCAAUGAAUUCCAGAGUUGGCAUGUAGGCUAAAGCUGCAUUCAAGUCCAACUGUUGGUUGACAGUUCAAAUGUUAACUGUUGUAAAGCUUCCAUGAUUCUGUUUUUCUGUUGACUUUGGUCUCUCAUUUGUUACUCACAUGAAAAGUAAGUGGUACUUAAAGGUAUUUUUUUCUUUAACCAAACCAAAUAUUGCAACUUCAAUCCAGCAUGGUGAUCACCAAAACGUACGAUGAUGUAAAAGAAGAAACUUAAAAAAAAAAAAAAAAAAGGUUUGUGUACAACUUCUACAUCCGUUUUGUGAGUUGUAACAACAGAAUUGUGGAAGUCAAUUAGUUUCUCGCUCCUGUAAGCUGAGAUUUAUUAUGUUUUCAAUUUGGAAGCAUGGAAAUCUCUGCUCUCCACAUGGGACAUGAAUGCAGCACAACAGGUUAGGUUCUUCAAGGUGUGGUCUGACUAAACUUUUCUGUGCAUUUUCACAAACAUUUCACCUCACAAAUUGUCUGGACUUUGGCUAUCAGCUAGCUAACAUACACGCCAUUUCUUUUUGUUUCUUUCCUGCAGACCUCUCUCCUUUGUUUCAUGAAUUACAGUCACAAAGCCUUGGAACAGGCACAAAUGUUUUGCUCAGUUUGAACUCACAUGAAUUCAUGAUUUUCUUUCGCUCUUGCUUUCUUCCCUUUUUUUUUGUCUUCUCAUGUGUUGACUUAAUAUGCAAUAGCACCACCUCUAAAACUGUCUUCAUGUUUAGUCUGAAGCCAGCCUGAUGUAGGAAUCUACAUCUCUUUCCUUCCCUCUAGUUUUUAUAAAGGCAAUCAAUUUUUUGAGAAUGACUGAUGAAAAGACACUGUCAGGGGCUGCAUAUAAUACAGCAUGAAAAUAUAUACCUUUAAUUCACAGCCACCUUUGAAAUGAAUUGCAUCGGCUUACUUUUUAGUUUUUUGCACAGGACAAAAGAAAAAGAAAACUGAGUAACAGAACUUUAGAAGUACGUGAGCUCAGUAUUUCACUUGUCCUCGAGCUUUAUUUGUCAUUCUUUUAGCACACUGACAGACUGACAGUCAGUGGGUUUCGUUUUAUACUAAAUGCUCUCUGAGUGCUCAUUAGUAUCAUAGCUGCACUCAACCUGUAGUUACCUGCUACUUAACAACACUCUUAAUCCCUAAAUCAAAAAUCAAAUAAAUGUUCACUGCAGUUAGGAGCAUAACAUUGUAUUUCAAAUAUUUAUUUUAUAUUUCUAUUUUGAACAUUAUGUGCAUAGUAUUAAUAUAUUAGUUUUUCAGUUUAACAUUUGUUAUAUACACAUUUCUCACCAACUUACUUUGUUGUUUCACAACAGAAAUAGACAGUGUAAAGAUGCCUCCAUAAUCUUACUGUUCAGAGGCAUUAAACCUAAAAGUAUGCUCAAGAUGUUUUUGUAACAGCUGGCUUUUAUGCUGUAAACAAAAUAAGAAAAAAACACCUGUCAUCAUACAUAAAAUGUUUUUGUGUCCAUUGUGCUGCUCUUCUUGUACUCAUGUUGUAUUACUGUGUUGUUAUUCAGAUUUAUGUAAUAUAAUUUUUCCACCAAACAGAAAAUUACUAUUAUUUAUUAUAUAUUUGACAUAUAUUGUGCACAUGUAGGUCCUGAAAGAAUCUCUUGUCUUUGUAAAUAUUUAAAAGUAAAUUUCCCCAGAAAAAUACUUCAUCUGAUAAAGAAACGAAAAUUUGUAUCCACCAAGCAAAUGUGACAGGUGCAUCUCUGGUCUGUCAUGCACCUUUGUAAUGUAGCUUUGACUAACAUUUGCACUCUGAAAAAGUAACAAGAAUCAUCCCUCACUCCAUGUUGCCAUUUGCUUUGACAUUGUGAAAUAUGGUACUGACUGGCAAGUUUAUCGGUCCCUUGUUUGAAGAUGGUUUGGAUUUUUAUUGUGAGAGAGGAAUAUGUUAGAAUCUUUAUGAUGUAAAUAAGAUGUAAGUGCUCCUGAAAUAUUCCAUUUGUAGCAUUGUCGCACACAAGCUGCUAGUAGGCCUAAAAACAUGUAUUUGCUUAGAUAUUGGAACAAACUCCCCUCUUUUAAACUAUUAUACAUUUGUCAUGUUCACCCGCUGUUCACUUAACAUGGCUAUUGUUGCAAAGCUAGUCCCAUUUCAGGGGUCACAUGAAAGGACUCAGAGCUGAGUCUGCUCCUCCAGUCAAGUCUCACACAGACCAAAACUUAAGCUCAAAUCAUUCUAUCAAUGGCUGUGCAACCUUGAUGCCACUUAAAUCACAUGCAUAAGGCCACAAGAGUCCACAGCCCAAAAUUUACUGGGACAAUACACACCACGUGCGAUUGUGUCCUUCUGUGCAGAUGUCAAGUUAUCACAUGUUUGUGCUGUUUACAUUCAUGUCCAUUUGGAUCUCUAAAUGCACCAUAAAUAUGUAACUGGCCUGCAGUCCACUGAUCAAAUUUGGGAAGAGCCUGUGAAUCGUUACUGAUCUUGUCGAUCCCUUAUGAUGUUUUCAGUCUGCCGACUGUGAGGGAGGAAACCCCUAAAAUGGAACACAGCAUAUGUCCCUGUGACAGGCGGCCAUUUUGAAAACAGUUCUGGCUUGGUAUGUCUCCCACCUUUAAAGAGAGUGUCUGAUAGCAGUAAAACACAACCUCUGUGACUAAUUCCCUCUUCCGAAAACUCGUGUGCGCUCAUGUCUUUGUGCAGAAACUCAAAGCAAUAUCCCCUGAGUUUUAAUCAGAUGGGUGUUUUUUUCUGAUGCCAUUGCUUUACAGUAUUGUUCACUCUAACGUUGUUGGUUAGUUGUUAGUGUGGGACAUUUUGACAACAACAGGAACCCUGUGCUGAAGCAGAAGAAAACAAGAAGAAAAAGCUUGGAGAGAUAAGUCGGAGCUGUCUCCCUGGACUCAGUGGGACUGUUUUCUUCAAGAUCUGGACUGGAAACCUGCACUCCCUCUCUCCAUAAGGCCUUUCUCUCUCUCUCCCCACCCCUGAGUGGAUUGCAGUGGGGAAAAGUAGACUGGCUAUAUAAGAAAGAAAAGAGAAUUAUGCGUAUUUGCUGAUACACAGUGCUUUCUUUCUUGCCCAUUUGUUUGUGCAAAUUGAUUUUAGGUGCGCAGAGCCGAACGUCUCUUUUUAGUGUUCAUCGCCUCAGCUCACCUUUCAUGGGACAAAAGAAAAUAUCAAUGUGCAGUUUGACAGCUCUGUGUUUUUUCUUUAUUUCAAAAUGCUGCAAAGUCUAGAAUUUUACAGGUGCACAUAUGAUGUUUGCAAAUUGAUUUUUUUUUUUUUAAUGAACGAUCACAUGCUGUUUGGCUUUUUUUAUGAACUCACACAUUCGCAUCUUCAUGUUUUUACCAUGUAUAACAGAGCAGCUUGUCAAAGUCUUGCUUCGGCACGCAAAAUAACAGCUUUUGUAAGGUACAUACUCAACAGAAAAUGGCAUAAAUAUAUUCAUCAUGUAUGCGUGUAUGAUGAGAUGUUGCAACUUCUGCUAGCGACGCCUUCUUUAUAGUAAAGCUAUCUCCUUUUCUCUA